AUCAAACUGACCUUCUUGAGCUUUACCCUGGUAGCAGAUGAAAACGAUGACUGUGCUGGUGCGGCAGCAGAUAGUGCCCGAGUCUUUAUCACAAAUGUUGCCUCUCAUGGAGGAAAUCCUAACGACUUUAAGAUCUGUGGUCAAAAGCUUCCCCCCCCUGUGUACUCCGAGGGAAACUUCAUUCAAGUGAGAUUUGAAUCUCGCACCGGCCUUGUAAACAAAGGGUUCAAUGCAACCUUUGAGGCAAUAGAUGGAGAUUUACGUAAGAGCUUUUGUUCUAUAGUAGUUUAUGAAGGAAGCAUAGAAGUGUACUGAGCAUGUACCCUAUUGAACUAAGCGAAAAGUUUGUUGAGUAUAACCUGAAACUAAUGAGGUAGACGAUCUAUGAACAGCUAUUGUCCGGAGAAAAAAUAAUUGAAUGUGUUGAAAUAUGUUCAUUACACUGAUUUAUGUUUAAACCCGUCAGCAUAUGGAAAAUGAGCUGAAGGCAGUAUUGAAAAUAAAGCAGCUGACCGCAGUAAAGUUUAAACUCAAAACAAAAACAGUUUUCGAAGCCUGACACAGUCUUUGUUCCUUUUUUCAGUGUUUCCUACAGAUAUGAUCCUCGAUGAAACAUCAGGUUCUUUCUCCUCUCCCUUUAAUCCAAGAAACUAUCCAUUCAACCAGACAUGUAGCUGGAAGAUUAUGGGGAAACAAGGAUACCGUGUUGAGCUCACAAUACCAGACUAUAAUCUUGAACGUUGUGAUGGCGCUGCUUGCUCGUGUGAUUAUAUGGAAGUUCAGAAUAGCUUCAGUGAUGAAGUGCUACCUGGAAAACUAUGUGGUACACCAUGGUUUAUUCCUGUAAAGUUUUAUUCACUGCACGAAAGCUUGAGGGUGGUGUUUGUGUCCGAUGAUGCAAAUAUGGAUUAUGACGGAUUUAGGGCAACUUACAGGCUGUUGAACUACAGUCCUCCAAGUAAGUAGCAAAAAUAACUUUGGUACAUCUAAGUCGAUCGUAUCAACUGACUCAACUGCCAUAAAAAUUUAUGAAAGACAUAUACUCUUUUCUUCUACCUAUAAAAGAACGGUAAUUAAUCAUCACCACGGAGGGGAGGGGGAGUGGAGCAUUUUGGUUGUUUAACGAAAAAAAUUUACCUGAUCUCUGAUGUUCUGUAAUAUUUUUAUAUUCCUCCUUUCGUGGCAGCUAAUUUGCAGUUAACUUUGUAAUGUUUCCCAUUUAUACUCUGUUGGCGACGACUGACUCGUUCUACUCCACAUGAAAACCAUGAUGGUUUCCCUAUUAAACUCCUCCAUCCUCUUCACAGGCCAUCAGAUAGCAGGUCCCUUUUUUGGAACUGCGCAUUGCCCAAAGCCAAUCUCCUUUUGAAAUACCAUAUGCGUAGCUUCUCUUCCACACCAAUCCAUGAUUUUUCUCCCAAACUCAUAUACUCCUUUUUCAUUGUUUAUAGUUUUUCCAAAAGGAAGCAAUUCCUCUCUCAGGCAGCGGCAAAAUAAGCAGCACAAACUACCCAAAGAGUAACUACACUGCGUCCAUAAAUUGUACCUGGAACAUUACCGCGCCAGCUGACAAAAUAGUAAAGUUUACGUUUACAGACUUUGUGUUAAGUGAGUGUUCAGCCAGUCCUUGUUCGGACUCUUGUUCUUAUGUGGAGCUUUAUGAUGGUGGGUCAAUAAGUUCGCCUUCACUAAGGCGAUUUUGUCCGGGGUCGACCUGGAAUCAGCCUCAGUUCUCGUCUGGAAACCAAAUGUUUGUGAAGUUCCAUCCUGGAGAAACAGUUGAUCGUGGAUUUGAAGCGGAAUAUUCAGUAUCUUUUCCCAGACCAGCAAUAUCGACAAGUCAACCGGCGACGACA